GCGUUGGGGGGGGCUUGAGGGACCUGAUCUGCUACGGUUCCCCGCCACGUUUCAAAGUUGGGGGUCCUCGGCUGGUGAGGCGGGUGGCAGGGCUCGGUGGGUGCCGCGAAGGGGUUAAUUGGUGGAGUAAUUGAGCUGUAGGUUCCCCAUCUUGCACAUAACAGCGCCUGCUGAAAUGCGAUGGAAACCACGGGAAAGGUAUGGCGCGUAGGUGGACUGUACUAGAAGGCAGACCAUACUGGAUCCACCUAGUCUGGGGCCAGUGCCAUGAGAAGAACCGAGAGAGAGAUGGUGCCGACUGAAAGGAAAUCUGCUUUUUCUAAUGAAAAAUAAGAAUUCUGAAGCCUCUGAAGUGGUAAUCCUGGAGCGCUGCUGGAUUGUGGAGUUCAGGAGUAAAACAGAUGUUUCCAUAGUUCUCAAGUUUCAGGGUGGAGAACCAGAUCUUUACCUUGAAGCUGCAUCAAAGCCAGAUUGUCAGUUUUGGGUUGUGGCACUGGGAGAAGCAAACUCUGAAGGUUUGCAGAAUAAAAUUCAGCAGCUCCGGAGGCUGAUCAUGGAAAUCAGAGAGGAGAGAUCAUCAGAUGAAGCACGGCAGUUUCUUCCUUCAUCCCAAGUAGACAGUCUAGGAGAGCCACAGUUUACAAGUAUUCAGAGAAUUGCAAAUGAGCCAAAGCUGGAGUUCAGUCUUGCAUGCAAGGAUCUAGUGGCUGCUACCCGUGAUCGGAAGCUGAAUACGUUUAUACAAGUCUCAGUGGUACAUCCAGCAGAGCACAUUUUGACGAGGUAUUCAAGCACUGAAAUCGUGGAGGGUACAAGAGAUCCACUGUUUUUGACUGGUGUGACAUUCCCACCGGAAUACCCCAUCUAUGAGGAAACCAAAAUAAAACUAGCAGUCUAUGAUGUCAAAGAUAAAUCUCAAGACACGGUCCGCACCAGUGUCCUACCUGAUCACAAGGAGCCACGAGCUGAUGUUGGAAGAAGCUUCCUGGGCUGUACAACUUUUAGAGUAGGAGACUUGGUAAAGUCAAAGGAGCAACAGUUGACCCUUACCCUCAGGACUUCUGAUGGUGGAAGGACAGUUGGUACCAUUGAAGUCAAUCUUGUGAAGAUGGGUGAGCUAGAAGAUGGGGAAACGGACCACAUCACAACAGAUGCCCAGGAUCAAAAGUGUGCAUUGGUUCGUGAAUGUACAGCCAGUGAAGGCAUAAGUGGUAAAGACAACUUGCCUUCGUUAAAUGCAGUGUUAAAAAACCCAAUCAGUAAGUUAUACAGAUUCCCUACUUCUGACAACAAGUGGAUGCGGAUCCGAGAACAGAUGGCUGAGACCACCCUCUCUUUCCAUGUUCCUAAAGAACUGAUCAAUCUGCACAUAAAGGAGGAUAUGAGAAGGAAUCAGGAACUUAAAGACUUGGGAGAACUUGCUCCUCACUGGGACAAUAUGCGCAAAAGUGUUAUUGCUCAUUGUGAUCAGAUGCUGAGCAUGUACCAGGAUACUCUUGCAGAGCUUGGAAAGCAUACAGGUUCUUCCUUCAAAUCAAGCUGUAGCAAAGGAGAAAAAACAUUAGAAUUCAUCCCAAUAAAUCUUCAUCUGCAAAGAAUGCACGUGCAUAGUCCUCGAUUGAAAGAUGCUCUGUAUGAUGUCAUCACUGUGGGAGCCCCAGCAGCGCAUUUCCAAGGAUUUAAGAAUGGUGGUCUCCGAAAACUGCUGAGUAAAUUUGAGGCAGAAAGACGGAAUACUGGAUACCAGUGUAUUUACUAUUCACCUGAAAACACAGCCAAGGCAAAAGAAGUUCUCAGCAACAUCAAUCAUCUACAACCUCUCAUAUCAAGCCAUGCAGACCUGCUGCUUAAUUCUGCAAGCCAGCGUUCUCCAGACAGCUUGAAGAAUUCUUUAAAGAUGCUUUCAGAAAAAACAGAGUUAUUUGUGCAUGCAUUUAAGGAUCAGCUGGUCAGAAGUGCCCUUUUAGCACUAUACACAGCCCGGCCUGGCUGUGUCCUCAAGAAACCAGCUGUGCCUAGAAACAGUGCUGAAGAGGAGGGUGAUUCGCAGCAUCAGGGUCAUCCUUCUCAGAUUAAAAGACAGGACUCUAUACCCCAUCAUUCCGAGUAUGAUGAGGAGGAGUGGGACAGGGUUUGGGCCAAUGUGGGAAAGAGUUUAAACUGCGUUAUUGCCAUGGUGGACAGACUCCUCGAAAAAGACAUCAGCAACGUUAAAGAGGGUGAAAAUGACCCUUCAGCAGCAGAUUGCAAGGUGUUACAUGCAGGUGGUGACUGGUAUGAACAGCUUUAUCCCCUGGUGAUUACCCUGAAGGACUGCAUGGGAGAGGUGGUGACCAGGGCGAAGCAAUCGAUGGCAUUUGUUCUGCUCCAGGAGCUUGCCUGUGGCUUGCCACAGUGUUUGAUGCUGACUCUAAGAAGAGACAUCGUCUUUAGUCAAGCACUUGCUGGAUUGGUCUGUGGGUUUAUAAUCAAAUUGCACACAAGUUUACAUGAUCAAGGAUUUUUACAACAGCUUCAUACUGUUGGAUUGCUUGUGCAAUAUGAAGGACUACUUAGUACAUACAGUGAAGAAGCAGGGAUGCUAGAAGACAUGGCUGUGGGAAUUUCAGAUUUGCAGAAAGUAAUGUUUAAAGUAAUUGAAGCCAAAUCAGAAGAUUUUUUGCCUAUUAUAACUGGAAGGCGUGAACAUUACAUUAUAGAGGUCCAGCUUCCAGCAAAGAUGUUUGAAUUGCUGCCACAAGAGAUUAAAGAAGGAAAGCUGAUUCGCAUGUAUCCAGUACUCUUUAAUGUUGGAAUCAAUGAACAGCAAACACUUGCAGAGAGGUUUGGAGAUACCAGUUUGCAGGAAAACAUUAACCAAGAAAACUUGGAACUUCUGAAAGAAUAUUACAAGCUGUUUACAGAAAAAAUGCCUCGUGAUUGUCUACCACAUUUUCAAGAACAAAAUGAUUUAAAGGGAUUGCUAGAAAAUCUCCAUCAAAAUAUCCAGGCCAAAAAGAGAAAGAAUGUAGAAAUCAUGUGGCUGGCUGCAACGAUUUGCCGUAAGCUGAAUGGAGUCCGUUUCACCUGUUGCAAAAGUGCCAAAGACCGGACAUCCAUGUCAGUGACGCUGGAGCAGUGCUCCAUCUUGAGGGAUGAACAUCAGCUUCACAAAGACUUCUUUAUUCGGGCACUGGAUUGUAUGAGAAGAGAAGGAUGCCGCAUAGAGAAUGUACUGAAGAAUGUCAAAUGCAGAAAGUAUGCAUUCAACAUGAUACAGCUGAUGGCUUUCCCAAAGUACUACAGACCUCCAGAAGGGACAUAUGGAAAAGCUGACACCUAAGUUUAACAAAAGUGUAAUCAGGAACAUACAUCACGCUAAUUAGUGAAUAUAAAACUCACUGUUUAUGACUUAUUAAUUGGGAAUGUGUAACCAGAUGAGGUAUUAUUUUUAUCAGGUUUUAUCGUUUUACAUUAAAAUAAGUCCGGUUAGUUUUUAUGGAAUAAACUAUCAUGAAAAAGCAAUGGACUGGAUAAUCUCAAAACCAAAUAUAUUCAACUGUUCUUUGUGAAGUUGAAGCUUAGUGACUCAUAAGCCAGCUGGAAUUAGUUAUCUGGGUUGUUUGAUCAAAGAUUAAGAAGGGAGAUGUCGUUUGCUGUAGGAACUGAGGUUAGCCAUCUGGAAGGUGGCAUUCAGACUCCAAACCAAAACCUGAGAUUUGAUAUAAGGGGUCUCUUACUGCUGGAAAUAGUUUUUUCUGGUGCCAGCAUAGCACUGAGGUCUUGAUCACUAACAAUUAAAUCCUUCACAGAAGUGUUUAUGAAAGAUGCUCAUGUUAAUACCUGGGCUAAAUAUGAUUUUGGUAGUUGUAUUUAGCUUCUUUACAUAAGAAUGGUAACUUCAUAAUAUGUUUUUAGUAAUUACAGCCUGUAAUUUCAGUAAUUCCAUUCUGAUUCUUUGCAGUUCAUUUGGAUGUGUCAUUCUUGGCUUUCUGUACCACAGUCAAAUACCCCUUAUUUCACUUCACUUUCACAUAAAUCACGUUGAAAUCAGGGGAAUUAAUUCUUCAAGUAAGGUGACCUGAACCUGACCUGUCAUACUCCCAUCUUUUGUAAACCCUUAGAACUAAAUUUUCUUUAGUGGUAGGGAAAAUAAGUUGUAUAUAGAGGACUUAAAGUAUCUUUAGGCUAUAAAAACAUGUAUGUUAUUACAGAGCCUAAGAUAAAUAUUACGAGUAACCUACUGUAUUAGGGCUAGUUAGCCACUGCAGCUGAUUUAUAUCAAAUUUGUAAUGCUGUGUGUAGACACUCUACGAUGAAGAACUAUCAGCUUUAAAAAUGAAUGUUAAUGCUUCUGCCAGCUUGUGUUAGUCCUGAAAUUUGUCUUGUAAAGAACAUUUGUGUUUUCUAAUUGUAUCUAUUUAUUGCCGCCUUCUGCCUCCCAGUGAGUAAUACAGUUUAAAAACCUCAAGUAUUCACUGGUUAUUGACCUUUAUGUAAUGCAUUCAUUUUGAGAAAAAAAUAUCUAGAGCAGAAGUGUGAGAAUUUUAUCCUAAUGAAACUGCACUAGGAAUUUGAGCAUCUGUAAUUGCCAUGGAUAAAGAAGUUAAUGUUUGCUUACUCCUAUGAAAGUCAAAGAAACCUUGAUGCACCAUGAGUUACAAUUUGUUCUUUUUAAUCCAUAAGCCCAUUACUUGGUAUAAAUCUGUAACUAUACUAAUGAAAAUACAUAUUUAAGAGCCUGAUUCUGAAAACUCUAAUUGGGUGAUUGCAUGGAAAUGAUCUAUUGUGUGAAUAAAAUUAAACCCAUCUUGUGUAUUUGCAAGAUCAGGCUUUGGGCCUUAGAGAAAUCCUCAUUCCCAAUGAUCAUGUACUUCAGUGAAGCCAGGAAUUCACCUAUACAACAUAUUUAUCUAACUAAUUCAAACUUUUUUUGAAAGUAAAGUAGGUAAUUUAAAUAGUGUUUUGGUGCAUUUGUUGUUUAUUUCAGUUAUGUGCUAUCAUGAAUGACUUAUUUGUCCUUCUGGUAUGUAUUACUUCAGCAAUAGAUGUCAGAAGAGUUAGCAUUGCAUCACAGAUGAGCUCAGGUAGAUGAGAAUAUAAUGCCUUGAUUUUUUCCUGGUGUGUACCAGUAGAAGUGGGUAUUACUCAUUGGGUGGGUUGAAUGCUUGCAUAAAUUUAUGUUUGAGUCUUUAACUGUAACAGAGCUGUUCCGUACAAAACUUUUUUGUGGAUUUAUAGAACAUAAAUCUGCCUAGGAAAGUGAUGUUUUGUUCUGUCAGACUGCCGCACUAGCCCUCGGUAUCUGCCACGUUUAUCAUUAGCUUAAAAAACCCCUACAUGUACAGUUUAGAAAUAGUGAUAAACUCCUCAUGCACCUCUGAACUAAUCCCACAGAAGUAUGACAGAGAAUGCUGCCCUUCCUACAGUUAUUCUGAAACAAUCUGUAAAAGUCUACGUGGGGAUGGUAUUCACUGGUGGUACUAUAGGUUCCUAUAAUUCCUUAUCUUAGUCCCGUGGACAUUCUUUCAAGUUCAAAAUAUGAAAUUCUAUAGACUUUCUUAUCAGGCAAAUAGUCUUCCAAGAUCUCCUCUCAGCAUUUUAAUCCUACUUGGGUUCUAAAUUGCCACUGUCACUAUCACGUUACUUUUAUAUUGAAAAUGUUUUCCAUGUCAAAGCCACUUUUUUGAUGAAGGCAAAAUAGGCAUUGGAUUACUAUACUUUUUGUUUUAGCAGCCAAUCCCAGUAUGAUUUUGUAAAAUUAAAUAAUCUGUUAUUUGUUAAAGAUAAUUGAGAAGAAAAACCAAAACCCACAUCAGUGUGCUGCAGUGAAACUUCAUUGAGCUUGGGCCAUUACAGAAGAGUAGGCUGAGUUUUGUGCUCAAUAAGGCUGAACUUUUUCAAGCUAGUUUUUUGAUUGGAACAUCUUUUUGUAGGAUACAAGACCGUUGUAAAACCCGGUGGUGUGGUUGCAAGCCUGCUUGAAGAGCUGUGUUGCUUCAGUACUGAAACAGGCUCAAAUGAUUCCUUGUUUGGUCAUUGCCUUCAGUGGGCUACUGUACCGGCAAAGGCUGCAUCAUCAAAGCUGAUGUGUCAGCUAAGCAUGGACUCAAAACUAGUGUUUUUUCUGGUUUGCCUUUUAUGAAGAAACAAAGAGGGUUUUGCUGCAGGUUGAUAGUUACAUUACUUGGAGUACAUUUACUCUUUGUAGAAGCUGCUUCAAACCCUGUGCAUUGUUUGAAUACCUAACAGAGGAGUUAAAUUAUCCCAAAGGUCUUGCACAUAUCCUUGUAGUUCACUGUGAAUAUCAAAGGAGCAAAAUUAAGCAAAUGAAUUUUUAUGAGCAAGCUACACAAUUUGUUUUGCAAAGGGUUAUGGGAAGCAUAAUGAUUUUGAUGGCGGAUGCACAGAAAAAUGUUCCAUAUCUUCUCUCUUAAAACUUUUGUAAGGCAUAAAAUAAGCUGCUUUGAGGGGAGGGCAGUUCUCAAGGGCUAGAAGAUGAACAUUCAGAAAUAUAUCUGGCAUCUAAAGCCAAUUCCUGUCUUACAGAGGACAUUAUUUGUAGAAAUAAGGUCGUCAGGAUCUGCAUCAAGGAAUCCUGAAAUAAGGGCUUCUAGCUUUGACUAUUUGUACAAUACAUUAUGUGCUUAUAUGGGGGUUUUGUACCACAGACCAGUGUCUAAGUAGAGAGCUGGUAUAAAAUACCUAAAAAAAAAUAAGGAACAGAAGGUUAAAGUAAUUUUUUUCUCAGAGAUUAAUACUGUUAUAAUACAUAACAUGCAUAGGCCUGACAUUAUUGAGGAGGCAAGUCUUUUUUUUCUGAAGUCUUCUUUUGGGGAAUUUGAAAUACAUUCUUGUUAAUGUUUGUACUUUGGCUUUUAUGGAGCAACUAGGAAACGGGAAUUUUUAAUUAUGUUAUCUGAUUUUUGUGUAUGUGAAGCUGUGUAUUUUGAUGGAGUACUAGCAAUGUAUGUGUCAUAAAGAACAAAUAAUGUAGGAGGACAGCUGAAACAAAAUAUGAACCGAGAAAGAGCCUUAAUGAAGUCCUUUGCAAUGUUGAUUUUUGUACUGUCUGAAUUUUGGCAUUACGUAAGUGAAAUAAGGAAAUUAACAAACACUUUCUGUGUCUAAAUCAUUCAGUCCUGAUGAAAAUGCACUUAUUUGCAGUGAAAUGCAUUGUAAUGAUAUUAUAAAUCAUCAUGAGUAAUUUAGGUAUAAAGAAGUGCACCAUAUCAUUUUGAAGCCCACUGUAUAAUAUGCUUAUAAAGAGCUUCAGAAAAUAAGCUAAUUUUUAUUUCUAGUUUAAACACAUUUUCCAGGAAAUCCUAUGGUCCACUUAAAAAAAGCAGAAAAUGUGCUGAACAUCAACAAGUGUAAUAAAUAAAUUGCAUUUAAAACUAUGCAGAAAAAUUACUUGCAUGAAAUAAUGUAUCUAAUCAGUUAACAGUCUUUAAUGUAUAUUUUUUCAGUUGGCUAUGUUGUAAACUUGAAAGCACUGAUAUCUAUAUUUAUGGGGGUUUUGUAUUGUAAAGAAGUGUGCUGUACAGGUGAUGCCAUGAGACAUGAAUUUGCAUCUUGCUUUUCACUUAUUUGAAGCUUAAAAACAAAUGUUCACAAUCAGAGAGCUUUGAAAUAAUUUACUGUUCUUCAAAACACAAAACUACCUUGUAAAUUGCAUGUUUAAAAAAAAACCACACACACAAAUGUUUUUGUAAAGCAAAAAGGAAAAAAAAAUCCCAGACUUCAGUCUUUAGAACAUUUUUCCUUAGUAACACAUCAACUGUUGUGUUGCCAAAGCAUUCAGCUUACACUCUGCAGCACUCAAACAUUUAUUUGCUCUUUUUCUCAUAGCGUCUGCUGAAUAAUAUAACAUAACAACAAUGAAUUUCAGCAUGAUACUCAUGAUCCAAGAUUAAAAACUUGCAUUUGCUCAAAUAAGCAUGAAGCUUAAUACAUCAGAAUAAAUAAAAUGGAGAACACUUGUGAACCAAUGUAUCCAUAUUUCAAAGAGCUGAAACAUAAAGUAUGGGGUUUGCGUGCUGACAGGGAGAAAGAGUUAUGGUGGAAACCUGACUGUGAUAAUAGAGCGCCCUGGAUCUGUGGAGUCUGGAGUGGUGAGAUUUGGACCAUGCUGCUCUUAACUUAGAUCUGUAACUAUUGGCAGUGGUGUUUUGUACUCGUUCCGUGCAUGCAAAGUACUUCAAAAGUUUUCAGCACUUCUGUUUUGCUUAUGAACAGUCCGACUUUACAAUUUCUAAAAUCCCAAAUUACUUUGGUACUUGUUCUCAUUUCGUGUAGCUGUUCCUUGUAAUGUUCCUGUCUCACACUCUGGAGCACAUGAGGCUAUGUAUAAGUAACAUUACAGGACUUCAUAGUAUGUGAUUGUUCAGAGAAACAAAGCACAACUAUAGCAAUUCAACUCUUUUUUCUAUUUCAGGAUUUAGCAUUUUUAUUUCAUUGCUGUCUGUAAGCCAUGUCCAUUGUACACUGUGUGUAUAUUUUUAUUUAAAUAAAUGUGAUGUUUAUUUUUUA